CUGAAACAACUUUAUAUAAUUAGAAAACACACAGCAAAAUCACAGACAAAAAAAGAAAGACAGAAAAAACAAUAAGGAGAAACAAACAAACAAGUUCAUCAACAAUCUUCAAAAAAAUCAAUCUUCAAUUUCUCUGUUCUUCUUCUUAGGAAAAAAAAUAUAGCAACAAAUAGAAUGUCUCCAUCAAUGAAAUCAAAAUCCAAGUCGAAGGCGAAGGCUGCAAAGGAACAACAAAAGACUUCUCCAAAGACUUCCGGAUCUACUAAUGAUGAGAGCAGCAUUCCUUCUAGUGCGUGCGAUCUCGAAACAUCAUUGGUUGAUUCUUCAUCCAUAGUUAAUGACAACAGCCAAUUCGCAAAAAUAAAUGAAACAGAUGAUCAUUCUAUUAGUCCUCAAGGAACGGUAUCUGAGUAUGAUUCAGUUUCUAAUAACGGCAGUUGUUCUGGUGAAUCGGAAGACACUAAAGAGAAAGCUGCAAACUCGUCUACUCGGUUGGAAUUUAUACCUGGUUGUGAUAACGACAGAAGGGAUAAGAUCCGACUGAAGAAUGAGAGGAAGCACCAGAGACAGAGGGAAAGGAGAGCUCAUGAGUUGCACGAGCGAUGUGUUGCGUAUCUAAUGUCGAGAAAGCUAGAAAAACUUGUGCAGAAGUUAGUGGCGAUGGGAUUCACUACCGAGCGAGCAACAUUGGCUUUGAAGUUAAACAACGGAAAAUUAGAAGAAUCGAUAUCGUGGCUAUUUGAAGGAGGAAGUGAAGCGAAAGAUACUACCAACCUUGUAAGUGAUGGUAAUUUGAAGAUCGACAUAAGUGAAGCGCUUGAACAAAUUUAUGCUCUGGAAGUAAAGUACAAUUGUUCAAAGCAAGAAGUCGAAAGAGCAGUUGUUGCCUGUGAAGGUGAUCUUCAAAAGGCAGAAAACACGUUAAAAUCUCAGAAGGAAGAAUCUCAUGUGAAUCAGUCAGAAGAUUCUGCUCAAAAUAAUAAUAGUUCGAUUAGAUCUCAUGGAUUACAACCAGCGUCAGUAUCAAUACAGCAGAGAGGGAAUGAAAGUGAUUUCAACUAUUACAAUGUACGUGGUGCUGAUUCUAUGUUCCAUGAUCCUGAAAAUAGGAAUCCACAGUCUCUACACUUGAAUCAUCAAAAUGAACUGACACAGAAAAGAUGGGGUGUUGGUGCUACAGCAUCAAAUCCUUCAAAUAUGUUACAAUCCAUGCAAGCAAUGUCACCGUAUGUUAAAAUGGAGGUGCAGCCGAGUGCCUUUAGGAACGACGGAAGAAUGAUUCAUCAAGGCGUAGGAAGGGAACCGGUAGUCAUGAUGCAGCAUCCACAAUUCGCCGAUGCCAAACAAAAUUAUCUGAAUUCUAUGAAUUCCAUAGCUUCCGGAACAUCUAGUUGGUAUGUAAAUAAUGUUCCGUCGUACGAAAAUACAAGGUCGAAUGGGAAUUUACUACUACAAAAUCAUGGCAUGGGAAAUGUUGGCGCAGAUCGCCUGCAGCAACUUUCUCAAGCUCCGUAUAAAGAAUAUUCCCAUGUAUUUGGGCAGGCAGAUUCUUCAAUCUCAUCAGGUGGAAUGGGAGGUUUCUAUAAACCGAUGGUUGCAUCGUCGCCUUCACCUACAAUGCCUUCUCAGUCUCACCCUCAACAUCAUGGCUCACGGAACACCACCGCAUCUUCGCCUGCACUUACAGUUCCACCUUCCCUUGGGCUCUUUUGCGGUCAUCAGAAUCCAUCCGCCAGAUCAUUCAGCUCACAUUCACAUGUGGAUUGGAAUACGGGGGGCAUGGUGCAAGAAUUUGACUACAACAAUAUAGAUUGGAGUUUAGAUUGCCCACCGUCAUCCAGAUCAGGUGAUGUAUGGCUAGGAUUCUCAUCGUCAUUGAGAAACAACGCCGGGAAUAGGAUGGCCAGUUCUUAUAUGACUGGAUCUCGAAACGUUGGCACGGCGAGGGAAAUUUCAUCGUCUGCUGGAUUGCGAGAUUGGACCUCACCUUUUGCUGGGAAGGACAUAUUCAGUGCUCCCAGAAAGUUUGUUACCUUUCCUCCUAUGUAGUAAUGGGAUCAUAAGGGGAUGUCUUAAUAUUGUUGUUUCUGGUUUUCCAGUGAAAUUCAUCUUCUGAUUUGUGGUUUAUAAUUGUUUUUCCAACUACUCCUCAUACUUUUCUUCUCUUCA